UGUGGCAACUGCACCUCGUCCCAGGGAGCAGAGAGUAUUUGGCAGUGAGCAGCGUGUGCUAGUCAAUCAGUGUAUGUGGAGGUUGUUGCGAAGGUUUCUGCUCUGGUCCCCUUGGCCGUGAAUAGGACAUCAGCUGUACUCUGACACAGCCGAUGACAGAAGGGAAACAUCUCAACUCUUGCUCGGCGCAGAUUGAUCGCUUUUGUAAUCACCUGACCUUGGUAUGCAAGUGAGCGAACACCUGAGCCUGUACUUGAUCUGGGAAAGAGCGGAAGACGUGGCUAAUCAGUGUGAGGGCCAGCAGGUGAGAGUGGCGGUGUUGACAACAGUAGUGGCAGUAGUGGAGGCCACACCGUACUGAGUCAGCCUCCCCCUGGUGCUGCAUCUGAGCCAUGGUAGCGCCGGUCUUUGAAAAGGUGCUGGAGGAGGUCGGGGACAACGGGCGGUACCAGCGGCUACUCUACUGGUUCUACGUGGUGCCCAUCAACUUUUUCAUUCCCUGGGUACCCCUGGCGGUGAUCUUCAUGACGUCCACUCCCGACCACUGGUGUCACGUGCCCGGCCGCCCCGACCACGUCCCGCUGGAGGAGUGGAAGGCUCUCACCAUCCCCAGGGAGAAAGAUGGGGCGUACAGCAGCUGCCAGCAGUACAACGUGACAGCAGGCGACGUGCUGCCUCUCCUGCAGGAACCGUCCUCCCCCGAGCUGAUGAUUGCAACCUUCGGCGUCACCGAGUGCCGGCGCCUGUGGGAGUACGACCGCACCUACUACGACUCAACGCUGAGCACGCAGCAGCACUGGGUAUGUGAGCAGGCCAGCAUGGCAGCCACCUGGCAGUCCGUGGGCGUGGCGGGCAACGUGGUGGGCACCGUGGUGUUCAACUCCCUCUCUGACCUGAUAGGUCGGCUGCCUGUGCUGGCGAUGACGGUGGCCGUGUUCGCAGUGUUCGGCCUGGUGCGCCUCUACGUCACCUCCCUCGCCGCCAUCAUGAUCACCACUUUCCUCGCCUCCACGUCCUUCCCGUCCAUGCUGGAGCUCGCACUCAUCAUCGUCGUGGAGCAGGUGUCGCCUGGGUGGCGGACGCGCAUCACCUCCACUUCCUUCAUCUUUUGGACGGGUGGCAUGUGCCUUCUGCCGCUGCUGGCCUGGGCCACGCGGGACUGGCAGCUUCUCGGCCUCAUCACCACCCUGCCCUUCUUCAUCAUAUUCAUCGGCCACUGGGUGCUGCCAGAGUCUCCUCGAUGGCUGCUGUCCAGAAACCGCCUGGACCGCUGCUCCAAGGUCCUUGAGAACAUCGCCGCCAAGAACGGCAGGAAGGUGCCUGAGUCGCUGCAGGAGACGCUGCAGGCCAUUGUCGCCACACAAAGGUCGGAGACCAACUACGGAGCCGUGCAGCUAUUCAAGUACCGCGUGAUGGCCAUCCGCACCCUGCUGCUCACCGCCUGCUUCACGUGCUACAACCUCUUCUACUACGGCCUCACCUACAACAUGGCCAAUGUGAGCGGGAACGAGUUCUUGAAUUUCUUCCUGCUGAGCAUCGUCGAGUUGCCUUCAAACCUGCUGGGCUGGUUCAGCGCCCAGAACUUGGGGCGCCGCUGGACGGCCGCCGGGGCCGCAAUACUGGCAGGCGUGUGUGCCUUCGCCACCGCCUUCCUGCAGGACGAGAGCCCGUGGAUCCCGCUGAUGGCACUGAUGGUGAGUAAGAUGUUCAUCACCAUCAGCUUCUUGGUGGUGUACGUGCAGUGUGCCGAGGUGUACCCCACCACUCAUCGCGCGGCGGGCACCGGCCUCACCUCCAUCAUCUCGUCCUGCUUCGGUAUCACGGCGCCCUACAUCGCCUACUUGGCGGUGUUCGGGGCGUGGGUGCCUUACAUCAUCUUGUUCAUGAUCGGCCUGGUGGGCUUCUUGGCCGCCUCUCUGCUGCCGGAGACGCUGAACACAGACCUGCCACAGUCAUUAUUCGAUGCCAACACCUUCCUCACCUCGGAGAAGUACUGGUCAUACAAGGGCCGCCGAUGCUGCGCCGCUACGACAUCCAAUCGGAGCAAUAAGAGUAAGGCAGAAGGUCACGAUAAUGUGGGAAGCGAUGCGCUGGCCUCUCUUGACAAAUGCUGAUCCUGUGGUGCCGCGCCGCUGUGCCCCUGUGUCUCCAUGGUUCUGUGACGCUAGCUAGAUGCGCGCAGUGCCAUCCACACAGUUAUCGUGCUUUAAUGUGUGUUGUGAAUGGGAAGUACGGCUGUGAAACAACACAGAACUAUUACGAUAGUGCCAUACAAAACACCACUUGCUGUGGCUGGCGUUGCUGUGACGACGCAAGCGCAUCCUGAAUCACCAUCAGUGCUGGAGUGUUGCCCGCACCACGGGGCGCAACCUCUGGCUCGCCCUCACGAACCCAACACGCUUUUUUUUUUUUUCUCGUCCUGUUUUUUAAUUAUGUAAAAUCUAUUCGUAAUAUAUAUAUAUAUAUAUAUAUUUUUUUAAGUAAUAUAUAUAUACGUAUAUAGUACAUUUCAAGUGGUAAACUUACUCUACCUUUCUCCUUCCCUCAGCCAGAUCCACUGCCACACGUUUGUAACAGUGAGUGGUGACAAUGAUUAAUCCUACCUUGCACUGAGGGUGAGUGUGAGGAAGAAAGAUUACAGGCAAAUUCCGCUAUACGGCCAUUCAGCACUCAACAAAAUGAAUUAAAUGUACCUUCGGGACCUGCCUGUACUACAACAGCAACAAAAGCAACAAAUGACUUCUACUACUACUGCUACUACUACUACCACUACUACUACUACUACUACUACUACAACUACAACUACUACUACUACUACUGCUACUACUACUGUUACUACUAUUACUGCUACUUCUAUUCUGUCCAUCUGUUUUAUCUAUCGAAAUAUUUAUCUAUCUGCGUAUAUAUCUAUCGAUCUAUCUAACGUGUUUGCAAUGUUGUGGGUUUCUUUUGGUUCUAAUAUUUAAGUGAUGGUCAUUUAAAUCUACUAAAUUUACUUCAUUUCUUACUUCAGAUCGACAUUCCACACACACACACACACACACACACACACACACACACACACACACACACACACACACACACACACACACACACACACCGGGUUGGUCCUCACGUCACUCGUGCAGCACACUCCGAUGGGCUUACCACAUCAGCGUCCGGCAGCACAACUGGCGUGACCGUGCUACACAAAAACACACCCAUCCUCUUUCCUGGAUCUGCCUCUGGAUCAGCUGAUGCGAAAGAGCCUGCUGUCGAGGCCACAUCCCGCCCAUGCACUCAUGACUCCCAACUGUGCACAACCGCAAUUAUGCUAAUCUUCUUUGACAGCCUGAUAAGCUCGUCCUUAUACAAGGUCACAUUUUUAGUGGAAUAAAUCUGCAUGGUGAUCUGGUAAAGGUCUACGCCGGCUUCCUGCUACAGCCCUCCCCAUUUCUCCUGGCCUGAGAGCGACACUGAGUUGCUGUGGGUUGUACCCUCACUGGCUGGGAAAAUGAUAAUGAUGUUACCUGUAACUAAUACUGAUAUUGAUGAUGAUAAUGAUUUUCUUUUUUUUUUAUUAUAAUGAUUUUUUUUUCUUUUUUUUUGGGGGGGGGGCUUUACAUCUGGUUUCCCUGGUGUAUCAGGGCUAGGACGGUGCCUCCUAACGAAGGACUUUGAUUUGACUUUGGGAACCAUUACUCCAGUGGAUGCCUUUUCUAUCCUCGGACCAUGGCCAGGAUUGGAACCCAUGCGCUUGAGAGCCUCCUUGACCACCUAAAGCGCUCGCUGUCCCACUGUACCACGGCGGCCCGAUGAUGAUGAUGAUGAUGAUGUCUCUGACUCUGCCCCGUGAUCACGAGCUGCAGUUUACACGGGUAUUAAUGCAAAUUGCGGCCUGGCAACACAAGACACCCUACUAAUUAGUCUCCAAGUACGAGUAGAAUGAUAAAUGUAAUAAAUGAAGGCAUUAAACCAGGAAAGGAUGCAAGAGAAUGGAAACAGAGAAUGAGUGAGAAAAUAAGUAAGAAGACGAGAGAGAGAGAGAGAGAGAGAGAGAGAGAGAGAGAGAGAGAGGAUUAUGUCAAGAUUUGCGAUUAGUGAGGGUUCAUUAAGGUUAACUAGUGAACAGAAGCUUUGAAAUUUAAUCAGUUACUGAAAUGUGUGGUACCGAAGUACCGAAGUGUUCAUGUCAAGAACAACGAACCCGAUUAUUCCCAUGUAAAGAAUUACGAACCCAAUAAUCUUCUUGUAAAGAAUACCGAACCCUGCUCUGAGUGGGUUCGCUAAUCUUGGCAUGGUCCAAAAAGAAAAAAAAAAAAUUAUGUAAUUAUAAUAUCGCAUGAUGGAGAAAAUAACAGCAGAUGUCUUAUAACGAAAAUACUGGAGAGAUGAAAACUACAAUAUACAAAUUCCUGGAAUAUACGAAUCAAGAAGAAAAAGGAAGAAAUGAAUGAGGAAAGAAAACCUGCGAAACACGAAGGCCGUAAACGCUUUCAAGAUCUUUGGGCACCGUUGUAAAGAGGAAUAAACACAACAUAACCAUAACACUACCGCCACCAGACUCCCGUCAAAGUAUUUCAAAUAAGAAGCAUGUAUUAAUGCAGCCUGGUUUCUGAACAACUGUGCCAGAUGCAACUCUCACACAAAGCUUCUCUCCCCAUACCAAGGUGAGGCCUCUCUGCCCAUAGCUGUCCUGUCUUCAUCACUGGUCACUGGCAAUGCUGGUGCCGUGUGCUCUUCUUGAAGGCACUUGGCUGGUCGAUUCACCUGACUCAUAAGUCCAGUGUGUUGAAGGAACAGACAACAAUGCCAGGAAAUGCAGACGUUAGGGAUGUGGACUUCCUUGUGCUGGAUGGAAAAGAGUGCAUUGCUUAUAACUAUGUUGGGUGCCAGAAGUGCAUUGGUACAUUGGAAAAAGAGCCUUUUUAUGAAAUAAGUAUGAAGACAAAAAGGAAGUAUCCCUUAAGUAAUAACGUACAUCCCAAUUCUUCCAGUGAUGAUAAUUUUGACACUGCAAGUCAUCUGCAAGUGUCCAAAAAUAAUGAUCGCCAGAUGCAGGAUUUAGAAGAUUCUGCAGUUGCUCAGCCAGAUACUAAUGAAUUGGGAAAUCUAAUAAAGGCAUUAGAAGGGUAUACUUCUUCCUUCAAGUCAAAACUCAAAGUAUACAAAGAAAAUGAGAUUACUGAGCCACCUCAGUAACAAGAGAAAGACUGAAGAUUAUUUAGUUUGUUCUUCACACCAUCAUGAUUUGCCAACUCUUUCAAAUCCUAGAUGAGAAUACUAUAGCUAAGUUACCCAUGAAAAAUGCUGCAGUUUAAUUUAGUGAAGAUAUUUCGUGGAAUAAAUUUUUCUUAUUGUGGAUUGUGUAAAAGUUUUAUAGUUUUGUGUAUUGUUUUCAGUAUUUCAAGCAUUCUGUAGUUAGUUUAGAAGGAGAACACUUGUAUGAGAGAGAUGAAAUAAAACCAGUGCUCAACAUAA